AUAUCAAAAGAUGGCUAGAUCUAGAUCAAGAUCACCAAGGUGGAAACACAGGUCCUUAUCACCUGCAUUUAGGAGUCCAGAACACCAUAGACAAAGACAUGCUCAUAUUAAUUAUGACUGUGAAUAUAAGAGAUUUAGGAAAGACCUAAAGAAACCUGUGUCUUGGAGAGUGGAAGAUGGGAAAUACGGACAAAGCAAUUCUAGAUUUGCACCACAUGGGAAUAUCCCCCACAGAAUUUAUGAACAUAGAUCAUCUUCACCAAAUGUAAAAAGAAUUCCUUUAGAGGAUACGUAUAGUCGUAAACCCUAUAGAACACAUUCAUCAGAAAGGGGUGAAGGCAACAGGAGAUAUCAGUUUCCACCCAAAUACUCAGAAGUAUCCUACAAAGAACAUGAUCAACCUUUUUACCCACACAAAAUGCAAGAAAGAUAUAUGCCUGAGGACUUCAGAGUCACUGGAGAUGAAAAAGGAAUGAAACCUUUUCAUAGACCAUUAGGGGCUUCAUGUAAAUUUGAAAGAAAAUGGCAUGAAGAUGAAAUGAGGCACCAGAAGUUUCAGGAAGACAAAUAUGGUCAGUCACUCCGAAGAGCUUCUGAAGAAUUUACGACAAGGAGCUCUUUGCAGAAGAGGUAUCCUGAAGAUCGUGAUUACAGAGAACAUGGGCAUACAUCUAAAAGGGCUAAAGAAAUUGAGAGAUAUGACGCUGGAGAAAUAGCAAGAAAUCACAAAUGGAAGCAAGAUCGUUCUUUUCUACCCUACCAAAAAAAGGAGGAGCAAAGAAACAUUGGUCCACAAGCUCAUCGGUCUGCUGAAAGGGAGUACACAAAGAGUUCUGUUACGAAGAUAGCAUAUGACUAUAGUUACAAACAACAUAGACACCCAGAUGGGACAAAAUCUUUUUCUGAUGAUAGAGCUCAGAAGUAUGUAAAGCAGGAAGACCAAAAAUAUAAUUCUCCUAAGGGUGCUCUGAAUAGCAAAGAGUUAGAUUAUUGUAGUGGUGGAAGAGUAAGACAGACUGAAGAAGGGCAUAAUGAAGUACCCAUUAAAUAUAGUUCAGAGAAGGGCUGCAAUGCAUGUGCCAACUCUUAUAAAAAUGAUGUUGAUCUGAGACCCUUUAAUAACACAAAGAAGGAAAGAGUAAGGAAUGAAGGGGAUUUCAGAAAAAAAAUAGAUUCUUCUAAUAGCCAUCAUGACACAAGUCAUACAGUUUCAGAUGUGAAAAUGUCAGAUGUCACUCCUAGGAAGGAGCUGCUCACAAUCAAAGUGGAUAUGAAGAAAAUGAUGAACAAGUACAGGACUGCUUCUAGCCAUACUAUGGAGCGGCAGAUGUCACAUGAUCUGGUUGCUGUUGGCAGGAAAAAUGAAAAUUUUCAUCCAGUGUUUGAACACAUGGAAUCUGUAACACAAAAUGUCGAGAACAACCCAUCAAAAGAAUUUACUCAGGAAAUCAUAACAAUUAUCCAUCAAGUUAAAGCAAAUUAUUUUACAUCUUCUGACCUAACUUUAAAUGAACGCUUCUCAAAAAUUCAAGAUAAACCAGUUGUAAAUUUAAAUGAAGUUAAAAUAUAUUCAGAUCCAGAAAUUCACAGGAGAAUUGAUAUAUCUUUGGCAGAACUUCAGAAUAAACUAGCUAUGCCAUGUGAAUCUGGACAGACUGUUGUGAGAGUUCUAGAAGAUCCAAAUGAUCUACGGCAUGAUAUAGAGAGGAGGAGAAAAGAGAGGCUGCAGAAUGAAGAUGAGAGAGUGUUUCACAUAGACAGUGUAAUUCAAAGGAAUGAGCACAAUGGUAGCUUUUCAAAAUUACAGAACUCUCAAAUUGAUGGAUUCCAAAAGCCUAUAAGAUUCCUAAAACCACCUUUCAGGAAAUUUAUUAGGAAACCUCACAUGAAUUCUUAUUAUGCUGCAAAAACAAAUGACAUCUUUACUCACAGACCAUUUGGAGGACACCUGGAAAAUCCAAGACCCUUCAGAAGACCCUUUAAGAACAACUUUACAGAUGGUCGAUUGCAACACAGUUAUAAAUCAGGCUUAGUACAGAAGGGUUUAUAUAUUCAGGCUAAGUACCAGCGGCUACGUUCUGCUGGUGUAAGGGGAUUUACCACUUAUAAAUUCAGAGAAGGAGUUUUGAGGAAAGAAAAGGAACAGUCAGGCAUUGCCACAGAAACCUGAACUGUGAUAAGUGGAGACAUACAAUAACACGGCAAGGGAGCAUCGGUUUGUUUUUUGACAACUUUGUCAGGAAUUAAAAUGGGAGAAAUGAACUAACACUGUAACUGUCUCGAUAAAAUAACUAUUUUUCAGUAGUGGCAUGCUGCAGAACUUUUUUACAGUUUUAAUAAUUGCUUUUAAAUUACAGUAUUCAAUUGAAAAGUUUAGUAUGGUACCUUUGGUUCUUUUUGCAAACAAGUCCCAAAAAAGAAAAAUUGAAGGGAGUCUUAUUUAUUGAAUACUUUUUCUCUAAGCAUGAUUUUAUGAAUAGAACUUGAGUUGUUAUAACCAGAGGUUUAUAUGUUGAAAAGUUUAUUGCUUACAUAAUAAAAAAAAAAGGGGGGAAAAAAGUGCCUGAAUUGUUUAGUGAUAGCAUAUUAGCUCAGGACUUUCCAAACAAUGACUUCUUAGGUUGUGCAAUAGAGUUUACAGCUCUUUUGAGUCAUUUCCCUAGAACAAUCUUUUGUAUUUAUUUUUGCUUUAUAUUUAGUUGGAUUUUUGACUUAAAUAUAUAUAUAAAUUUGUAAAUAAAUUGUUAGAAAAGUUGUAACAAUUUCCAACAUUUGCUAAAAAUGUGUAAUAAUGGGUAGGUAUGUCAUCUAUUACAUAGCAGUAUCUUAUAACUGCACUGAGAUGCUUGGGUUAGUUAGAGGACUGGUUGACCUGUAUGCAGAAAUAUUCUGGCUCAUCACUUUUUUCCAUAUAUAUCAUUUCUUGAUUAAGCAACACAUUGUCUUACCUUCUGCUACAAGUGACUGACUUGAUUCUAAAAGUGGGCUUAAAGAUAUGUAAAAAACUAGAUAAGAGGAGCAUAUUCUCUAACAAAGCUGUUUAUAACUGAAACUAUUUAAGGCAAAAAGCUUGUAAUUUUUUUAUUAAAAUCCCAAUCAUUCUCCAUAGUUUACCACUCCUCAAUAUCAUUAUGCUUUAUGCAAAAAUCAAGCAGGCUGAUGUACAUAAUAUAAUGCUCAGGCCUAAAGCAAUACUGUAUUGUGUUCAUUUCCCAUUUAUAGUUUGAGCCUUAAUGUAGAUAUGAUGGGGUUGUUUGUGUUAAAGAUUUGUUUCAGACUUCUUAAUACAAGUACACUAAAGGUGUAUAUAACAAGUAACUUUUCCAGGGAAAACUUUCUAAUUAAUUUUAAGAAGAAAGUUAUUGUCAUCCAAUCUUGUGCAUUUUAGUAAUCUCCAACGUUAUAGUAGCCAUAAAAGUACACAUUAGAAUCUCAUUUAUGGAAUGUAUUCAGAAAACUGGCACAUUCAAUAGGCAUGUGAAAAUACAAAGGAAAACACUCAAUUUUUGGGAAGAUCAAGCUAUAAACAAUAUAUACUGCAUGAUUUUUCCAGAGUACCUUUAAUAAUAGGAGUAUUUGACUUAUUGAAACUCCUAAGCCGUGGUUCAAGGGACUAUAAAAUUUUAAUACACUGAAAUCUGCCUAAAAACUUUGACAUACGCUUUGGUACACAGUUUAGUCCUCAUGUAGGAUAAUGUGCAGUACUCAUUAGUAUAACUGUGAUUCAACAACAGACAGACAUGUCGACUUCUGUGAAUGUUUCCAAAAGCUAAGUACAGGACUUAGGUGGUAAUGUACAUACACUGCUUCGUUGUUCAAAAAUUAAACUAGUUUUUUCAGGAACUUACGGUGUGCAUAAGCCAAACAGAAAGUUGUGUUAGAAGAAAGGUUUUCUUUUUCAAACCAAUACAGCUAACAAUUUACAGGUAGCAGUAAAUAUUUUAAAUAUUAGACUGCAUAAAGUGACCCUGUCCAAAUCUAGGCCCAAUUUAUGCUCAAACUGUCCAACAGGCAUGCUGCUUCUUAAUGUGGAAAAAUACCUUUAAACAAAUGUACACACAAUAGAAUGUAGACUGUUGAAGCUACAUUGCUUUAUGGGGCAAUACAGUGUUGUACUAUUUCUGAAACAUUUUCAUUGUUUUCACAAAAGACCUGCAGAAGAAUUACAUUUUGAGCCAAGUAGGAAAAAAUGGUUACAUGAGACAACUCCUCCAUAUCUGAUAAGGGAAUUUUAUACCAUUGUGUGGGAGUAUACAAUAUUGGUGUAGUCAGAUAUCAAAGUUAAUACAUUUUAUGCAAAAAUUCCAACAUUAGAAGUAUGAAUGACUUCCCCAACUGACUAGUAUGUUUUGCUGAUUCUACCUAUGACACUGGGUAGUUUUAAUUUCUUCUGUACUUCAGUUAUAUCUUGUUCUGUGCACGGUUUUAAAAGACUGAUGACCAUUGAUGGUAACACAUUGCAAAUGGCACAUAUUUUAGACUGUAGCCAUUGUAAUUUUAUAAACUUUUCUAACGGGGGGGGGGGGGGGUCAAACACUACUCAUUCAGUCAUUUGUACUUUAACAUGCUUUUCUUAAGAGCUCACCACUUGAACAAAUUAUUUUUUACUAAUAAUUUAGCAAUGCUAAUUCAAGAUUCCUCAACUGCAUUAAUUUAAUAAAUUGGGUGUAUAGAUAUUUUAGCUUACAGGAAUUUACUUGAAUUCUAGGUCUUUUUAAAACAGCCUGAGUUACUACUACAUGCUGUUAUCCAGUGUGAUAGCUACAUUGAAGAGCAUCUGCUGUCCUGCUAAUUGGGGGAAUGUUGCAGAGAUGACUCCCUUCACAUUGUGCAAAGACUUCAUUACAUAUUGUGUGAUAGCGUAUCUUGAUACACAAAUGUACACACACACAAUUGGCUCACUUAGCACUGCACACUUUACUGAUUUCUGUGUUAGACGAAUACUAUACAGUGAUGUACCUGUGAGAAUAAUA